UGUGAAGCCAGCUUACCACCCAGGCCUUCGGCAUUCGUUAACCAGCAGCAACGGCAGCCGCCAAUAUUCGCGCCUUGACCUCGAUACAAUUACGAGACAUGACACACCAACUGGUUUUAAAUCACUACGCCGAAGACUUUUCCGGACGUUGACAUCUGAUCAAGCUGUUACAAUGCAACAUUCCGCGACACACCAUACGCAAGAUGCAUCUCCGAGCUUCUCCCAAGCCCAAGGACGUGGCAACAAGAUGUGACUCUUCUGAUCGCUGGAACCAUGCUGCGACAUUGUGGCUCUUUUCACAAGGCGCGUCAGAUCUCACCCUCCUGGGCAGCGUAGCCGAACUACCUCCCGACGAAGACGGUGCAUGUCCCAACCUCAAUCCGCAGGACCCCGAAGCCCAAAGCGGAAGCAAGCCAACCGCAACACGGACAUGGCACUUCCUUUCUGACCCAACAAUCGGGUCUCUCAUCGAAGAUCUUACAGUCUGUUCGGCUUGUGUCGGACGCGUCAAUCUCAUUUUUCCCUCUCUGAACGGUGUCUUCAACCCCGUAGCCGAUGGCCAGAAACUCCAAGCAACCGGCGGUUUGCUCCCUGCGCACGACAAUGGAGUGCGGAGCGAAGCGUACCUGGCUCAGCUCAACGACACGGCAACACAGACGCUCAAGACUGAGAAUCUCGACACGCGUGCUCUGGCCGCGUACGCUAAGAAUUGGGCGCCUAUCCAGAUUAGUUUGAAGGGCCAGCAUGUUCCAAAGGGAGCGACGAGAUGGAUGUUUCCGAUUAAUGCGCCUGUAUCUUAUUGGCUACUCUACAACAGGUACCGUGAAGCAUUACCUGGUACCAGGUGUCAGACCCUGACCCAGGUGCUUACAGCCUCUCACGGCAGCUGCAGAUGUGCUCGACGUCAUGAACUACAUCGCUGCCCCACAUAUUCAGGGUACGUAUACUGUUAAUGUAGCCGCAAACGCGCCAGCCAAUCAGAUCUAAGCUCUCCAAUUGUGUACUAAGA